GUCGACGUGGCCAGCAACUCGCCCCUCGCCCCGCACUCCUACCUCGACCUCUUCCCAGGUGGGCUGUCGGCACCAUGACAUUCUGGCAGGAGAACUACGGCUUCGUCAAGGAGGUGUAUGACUUCCGUUGUUCCAAGUACCUGGAAUGGAUGGACAACAUCGAGGCCAUCAUCGGCAAAGUGAUGGCCAACACCCAGUACACCGCUAAGGAGUUCAAGAUCAUCAAGGACACCUUCACUUCGCUGUGCCGUGACCUGGACAAGGAGGGGACCAAGUCAUGGCUGGACAUGAUGCUGGACAAGCUCUCGCAGCACAGCAACGAGAACGAGGAUAACCUGUCAGGCCGCGACAAGGCGGUGAAGGCCCAGGAAAAGAAGAAGUUGGAGGCCAUGAUCGAACGCCACAAUGGGCUCAUGGGACCUACCAUGGAAGCACAGAGUAAAGUGGACCAUUACUCUGAGUGUUACGCGUUCGGCGACGACAUUCACCCCGUGAUGAAGGUCUUGAACGAGCAGCGCCAUCUGUCCUGCAAGGAGAUCCACCCUCACAAUAUGGACAUGUGUGAGGACCAGAUUGAGAAGCAGGAAAAGGUGUUGAGGACAAUCGAGAAUCAGGCGCCCAUCUACAACGAGCUGAUGCGUCGCGGCCAGAAGCUCAAGUCCAACCCCAACGCCCCGUCCUUCCUCGAGCGAGAGAUCAAGAAGCUCGAGGAGACCUGGAAGGACACCAACGAGAAGGCUCAGCUUCGCAUUGCUCUCCUCAACAGCACCUUCAAGGACUGGGAGGUCUACGAGCAGCAGCGUCAGGCCAUCUACACCCCUAUCGAGGCCCUGGAGGAGCAGUUCAAGACCUACAAGAGGAUCUACGACCCCAAGAAAGGAACCGACUGGCUCGAGAGGAAGAAGAAAAAGGUCGCUGAGUUCAAAAAGCAAGGCCUUGAGAUCUACGAAGUGAUCCAAAAGUGUUUCAAGACAAUUGUUAGCCUGGCGGGCGAGGACAAGCGCGAGUUCAUGGAGAAGGAAAUUUUGGAGAUCGACGAGAGGAAGACCAUCAUCGAGAAGGUGGACAAGACCCUCGAGGAGCUGACGGAGUUCAACAAAAAGUUGCACAAGUUCGUGGACACCAUGGGCGAGCUGCGCGCCUGGAUGAUGCCGGCGUGCGAGAAACUCAACUUCAUCACCACCUCCACCGAGAUGUCCCCGGAAGACCGCGUCAAAGAAAUCUUCGACCUUCAGGGACAGGUCAACGAGAGGCUGCCGCUGAUGGAGCCGCUGGAGGCCGAGUGUCACCUCCUGUUUGACGCAAAGAGAGUGCGAGGUCAGGAGUCAGAGGAAGGCCAGACCAACGAGACUGCUCUCAACCACAUGAAAGAGUUCUUUACCAUUAAGGAGACCAUCAAUGACCUGCACGAGAAGGUGGAGAUGGAGGCGGGAUCCAUCACACAGGAUCAGAAGUACUUCGCCGACUACCUCUACGGCGUCAAGAACUUCAAGCCGUGGAUGGAGGAGGCCGAGACCGUGGCCAAGACGCCACUCGUGAAGCCCGCCAAGAUCGAGGACGCCAUGGCCCUCCUCGAGACUGUCAAGAAAUUCGAAGACUCGUGCAAGGAGAACAGAGGGAAGCUGGACGCCGCGGCAGAGUCCAGGUCGCAUAUGGAGAAGCAGACGAAGGCCGACAACGAGGUCGAGACGCUGAACGGCCGCUGGGACACGGUGAAGAAGGUGGCAGACGAGCGUGUGGCCAAGAUCCAGGAGCUGUGUGACACUUGGUCGGAGUUACAGAAGGUCACCAACAACCUGACCGAGAUCAUUGCCAACGUGCCCGGCACCGACACCCCCGACGUGUCCUCACUGGAAGGCAUCUUCAAGACCUUCAAGGAGAUCAACGACAAGAAGGUGAAGCUGCUUCAAGCCGUUUAAGCCCCACAAGCUGUUCAGGAGGAAGAGGAGGAGUAGAAGGAGGAGGGGAGAAGAUGGAGGAGAAGGGGCAGUAGGAGGAGGAGAAGGAGUACGACGGGCGAGCAAGGAAGGAGGGGCGAAGUUGUUUUCUCUCCGUCCUUCCUUCGCUCGACCCUGAACAUUUCCGACCCAAGUUGCCUGAGUGGGUGGCGCUGCUGUGCGGGUGGUUGUGUGGCUGGCGCGGUGAUGAGGACACGGGUGAGAGCUGAGUGUGAACUGACGAGCGAGUGAGUGAACGAGUGAGUGUAAAUGAAAAGUGACUGAUGCAACGCUGAAAACUGUAGGGAGUGAGGGUUUUAUAAUUCUUCUUCCCUAUCUGUAUCACAUUUAAAAUAUCCUGUCUCGAAUAAAGGAAAGAAUAUUAUUUCCUGCUGAGUGACGAGCGGAGGGGCACGCGACUCCGCCGUGAUCAAGAACCCAGCGGCUGCCACGACUACCGAGGACAUUGAUAAAGUGUGUGCGUGCGUGCGUGCGUGUGUUUGUGCGUGUGUGUGUGUGUGUGUGUGUGAGAGAGAGAGAGAGAGAGAGAGAGUAGUAUGAAGCAAAAAUAUUUUCUCAAGACUCCCUGACUUGAACACUCAUCUAAGACGACCCGAAAGAGACCAAAUUAAGAAACGAGAUUAAUCACACACCCAAACACGCUUUUUUGUGCUUGUGCGUGUGUGUAUUAUCUCAAGUAUGCCUUUCACCCUUCCUUCGUUCCUUGCGUCACUCCCUUCCUUCCUUCCUUCACAUUUCCCCCGCCUGCCGCAAGAGUAGGGGUGAGGUAGGUGAAGGGAGGCGGGUCAGGGUGAGGCAGAAGGAAGAAAACGGGGUGAGGCGAGGCAGGUCGAGGCAGAGCGAGAAUGUGUCGGUGAGGAAUAUUCAUAAAAGAGGGGAGGUAGGUGUGAUGAAUGUUACCUCCCUGGCGUGGAGGGAAGAGUAAUGACCUCUGAUAGUCUCCUCAGCCUCGCCAUAAAUUUUCCUCCAGUUGAACUAAGACCGUCGAGGAAGGAGGAAUCACGAUCCAUAUAUAACAACCAGCCUUUUUAUUAUUUCAUUUUAUUUCCUCUUUUAUUUUAUUCUCUUCCCCUUUCUUAUUUUAUUUUGUUAUUUUAUGUUCUCCGUUUUUUUCUUCCUUUUUCUCUUUUUUUGUUGCCUCAUUCGGAAAAUAAUUGGUGCUUUCUGUUUUGUUCUGUUUCACAUUAUUUUUUGGUUUCCCUUCGAGUCUCGAGGCUCGGAGGAUUUACUCAAAACAUGGAAAAUAACUAUAUUUUCAGUCUUUCUCUUCUUAUAUUUUUUUGAGUUCCCCAUAAAAUGAAAACAUAUAAUAUUAAAAAAAAGCUUCAAGGAAAGUGAAUAUAACGAGAGGACUCUGUAGUAUAUUUCUUUCUGGCACUUGCUUGUUAGUUUUAGUUCCUGUGAUUCAUAAGCUUAAGGAGUUACAAUAAUGAUAUCCGAUAGCUACUUAUUAACAUGUCCGCCGUAAGCAUAGGCGCUGUGUCUUCCCCUACAUAUAGUUCUCCCGGGCUGGGGUUGGCUCUCUCCCUCGCCCCUUCCCGCCCUCAAAAAUGAAGUAGUUGUGCUUGUUAGUGCCAUUUUUUUCUGGAACCUCGAACAAAUAUUUCACUUUCUA